GUCAAACGUGGUAGCGCACCCGGUCCUGUCUCGUUUCCGCCAUGGCCGCAUGCCCGCAGCUCGCAGCCUCUCCUCUCUCUCUCUCUCUCCCCCUGUUCCCUUUCUUCCCUUCUUGUUACGAGUUGCUCGGUGUUGUAGACAGGCACAAAUGCUAUUGCCGCUGGGAGGAGAGGUCGCCGCGCCGUGGCCAACGGGCGCCGUUGCGCCGCGCACUGAGGUCCACCGCCAGGGGCCCGGUGGCUGGACGCCGCCGUUGUAUAAGGUGGUCGUGUGCAGUUGAGGGCCGAAUUUUCAUGGCUACAGUAGAUAGCUGGGGGCUCCUUGGAAGCAUCGGAGCUUGGAUUGGAGCAGCUCCAUGCCACUUGAGAGAGAUGACCGAGAAUGGAUUUGGGGACAGUAGAUGGAAGUUGGGUUUCAUGCCCUAUUUUACAACGGAGACAGUAGUGCUAGUAGAUUAGGAAUGUUUGGAUGGAUGAUUGAGCGCGAGAGAUUUCAGGAGUAAUUGUAGAUUGCGUUGCGGGUACCAGACCCGUGCCUUCCUCUCCAAACCUUCCUUCCACGAACCCCUCCGCCCGCCGCCUCCACUGGGAUUGACCUCCUCCGCCCGAUCUCCUCCCCUGCCCAGAAUCCUCCGGCUAUCAGUAAAAUCUGGACCCAGUGCCUUCCUCCGACCUCCCUUCUCCAUUAAGGCUAGGAUUUUCAGUCUCCAGAUCGACCUAUCCAUCUGCAACGACAUCCUUGUGCUCUCGCAAGUUACAAAUCAGGAAAUCGUGUAUCUGUUCAGUCGGUUAGGGAAACAAUCUUCCAGAGCAAUGGUUCCUAAUACUUCCAUUCACCGAUUGUUCUCCCCACACGUUGGGAUCCGCCGCUGGACCUCGACCGCUGCCAACGGUGUGACAUUCGCUGUAUCUUCCCCCGCAGCCCAGAUUGGCGGCUUCCUUUCUAAGAAGCCCUAUACGCCGCCGUCCUGGGCCUCAGACCUCUCCCUCAUCCCGUCCCACAACUUCACCCUAGGCCAAUUUCCAACUCCGAUUCACAAGUGGAACCUCCCCAAUUUGCCGAAAGACACAGAAGUAUGGAUCAAGCGGGAUGAUCUCGCUGGAAUGGAACUGAGCGGCAACAAAGUUCGGAAGCUCGAAUUUCUGAUGGCAGAUGCUGUCGCGCAGGGUGCCGAUUGCGUUAUUACUGUCGGUGGUAUCCAGAGCAACCAUUGCCGAGCGACUGCCGUGGCUGCCAAGUAUGUUAAUCUUGAUUCCUAUCUGAUACUAGCUACCUCCACGCCUCUUGUGGAUGAAGAUCCUGGUUUGGUUGGUAAUCUACUUGUCGAGAGAUUGUUGGGAGCGCACAUUGAUCUUGUCUCAAAAAGAGAAUUUGUUAAAUUUGGGAGUGUGGCUUUAACUGAUUUGCUAAAAAAGAGACUUCUGGAAAAAGGACGGAAGCCGUAUGUGAUUUCUGGUGGUGGAUCCAACUCAUUAGGACAUUGGGGAUAUAUUGAGGCAGUAAGAGAGAUUGAGCAGCAAAUUCAGUUAUCUGGUGAUAUUCAGUUUGAUGACAUUGUUGUUGCAUGCGGCAGUGGUGGAACUGUUGCUGGUCUUGCUUUAGGAUCACAAUUGAGUAGCUUAAAGGCAAAAGUCCAUGGAUUCUCUGUUUGUUAUAACUCUCGAUACUUCUAUGACAAUGUUCAAGGUCAUAUUGAUGAACUUCAACCUGGUUUGAAUUCCCAUGAUAUAGUCAGCAUUGAAGAUGCUAAGGGCUUAGGUUAUGCCAUGAGCACAGCUGAGGAGCUUAAAUUUAUAAAGGAUAUAGCUGCAGCAACUGGCAUUGUUCUUGAUCCAGUCUACAGCGGAAAGGCAGCAUAUGGUAUGCUGAAAGACAUGUCCAGCAAUCCAACCAAGUGGAAAGGGCGAAAGGUCCUCUUUGUUCAUACUGGUGGUCUCCUUGGGUUGUAUGAUAAGGUGGAUCAGCUGUCAUCUGAAGUUGGGAGCUGGCGCAGAAUGGAUCUUGAAGAAUUUGUCCAUGCAAAGAUGGCACUUGAAGCUCUUCCUCAAGCUCCUACAAAUUUGGUUGCAGAGAAAGGUGGCCUAAGUGUCCAAUCGCCUACGAAGAUGUCUCUGGCUAGAGAUUAACAACACCUGUGAGUUUUGCCUCAGAAGGUGCUGAGAAUGCCCUGGAGUAAAAACUGAACCAUUCCUUUUAUGGUGGCUGUUAAUUCUCUUAUGAGAAAUGCUCUUGUUUUUGUGCCAGACCUUACACUUUAGUUGCACUACGAUUUUGCAAAUGCUUCUUGUCGUAUUUUCUUUUGUUGCUGGUUUUGUGUUAUGUUGCUUUAUUACUUCC